AGUUGGAAUUUUCCUACCGUACGUACCUCGUAAAAUCACAACCUUUUGGGUUGAAAAGGAGAGCUAGAGCCAUGGGAGUCCUGGCAGCAAUAGCCAAGAAUUUGAACGCAUUCGUCGGGCCGGGGCUGAUCCUGGUGUUCCCGCUGUACGCGUCGUUGAGAGCGAUCGAGAGCCCGUCGAUGGUGGACGACCAGCAGUGGCUGACGUACUGGAUCAUCUACUCCUUCAUCACCUUGUUCGAGCUCUCCUUCUGGAAAGUGCUGGCCUGGCUGCCCUUCUGGUCCUCCAUGAAGCUGGUGUUCUGCAUGUGGCUGGUGCUGCCGGCGUUCAACGGGGCCGCCUAUAUCUACGACAACGUGGUGAGGAAGUACGUGAAGAUUGGGGGCAUCAUCGACCUCAGCAACGGCGGCAACAAAUACUCGGAGGAGCAGAGGAAGGUGCUUCAGAUGAUGAGCCUGGACGCCAGGAAAUCGGUGGUCGACUAUGUCAACAGAUACGGAUGGGAUGCCCUUGACAGAGCCAUCAAAGCUGCUGAAAAAGAGACAAAGAAGCAUUAGGUUUGGAAAUAAUGCGUGCAGGUGUGCUAAUCAUUGUACAGAAAAACCAGAUAGCGACUU